CGCGCGCGCGCGCGCGCGAGGGCGGGAAUCCUAGAAGGGCCGCGGGCGGUGGCUGUGACAGUUGCGGUCGCCGCGCGAGGACUGGCGGAGCCGUGCGCUGAGGUGAAGGUCUGAAGGAAAGAAGCGUUGUUGCUGGGUCGGCUGCGAGCGCGAUGCAGACGCUGAAGCAGAAGCAUCGCCCCUUCUGCUUCAGCGUGAAAGGCCAAGUGAAGAUGCUGCGGCUGGCACUAACUGUGACAUCUAUGGCUUUUUUUAUCAUUGCACAAGCCCCUGAACCGUACAUUGUCAUCACUGGAUUUGAAGUCGCUGUUAUUUUCUUUUUCAUAAUUUUAUAUAUGCUGAGACUGGAUCGAUUAAUAGACUGUUUGUUUUGGCCUUUGCUUGAUAUUAUCAACUCAAUGGUAACAGCAAUAUUCAUGAUAAUCAUAUCUGUGUUGGCACUGAUACCAGAAACUACAACAUUUAUAGUCCUUGGAGGGGGCUAGACUAGACUGAGAAAAGCUACUGGAAUCCGUUACACUUAGCUCUGAGAAACCUGAUGUCAAGCAAAAAGCCACGGAUGACUUUCACAGCACUUCCUUUUAAAGAAAAGGAUACAUACCACUUGUUAAGGUGAGACAGACUGCUCUGAACUCAGUUAUUUUUUGUCCAGAUCCUUCUUCAGAUGGAAUGUAAUACAAAAUGUCUCAUGAUAAGGUUGGAAGAAGCCUUAUAUUAUUUUGAACAUUGCUUGAAGAGAAGCAAGCCAGCUUAAUCAGACUUGAUCCUGGAAGGCAAGCCAAAAUAAAAAAGAGUAAAAUAAUAUGGUUUUAGUUCCAUCUGAUACUCUUCUGAGAUUUCUUAUAGGAGGUUCAAAAUCAUUUGGCUUUCCUAGACUCUGAUCUAAAGAUGUGAAUUAGGAACUUCUUAUAUAAACCUCCAUCCUACUUCUUUGUCUUUCCAUGGUAUGGGCCACUGGGAGAACCAACCAUUCUCAGCCAGCCAUGUAUGUCAGAAUCCAUAGUUUUUCAUCUCCUUCCUAAGCCCUAAGCAACUUCAUAGGGAUAAGAAUUAUUCUAGAAAUGAGAUAGUGCUGUAAUAGCAAUUUUCCCCAGUUGUCUUUAAUCUUAUCCCUCUACUAUGGAGAAAGAGGGACAGGGCAUAGAAUUUACAGUUAACCCUUUACAACGUUGACCUCCCACACAGUUGAAACUUCUUAAACUUUGACUUCUCAAGAACUUAACUACUAAUAGCCUACUGUUGCCAGAAGUACCGAUAACAUAAACAGUUAACACAUAUUUUCUGUAUCAUAUGUAUUAUAUACUGUAUCUUACAAUAAAGUGAGAAAAGAAAAUGUUUUUAAGAAAAUCAUAGGAGAAAUUACAUUUAUAGUACUCUACUACAUCAAAAAAAAUCCGUACAUAAGUGACCUAUGCAGUUCAAACCCAUGUUGUUCAAAGGUCAAGUGUACUUUCAUUCACUUAUUUUAUUCAUUCACUGAUUCAUUUCUUUUAAAAGGUGCACUUUGCAGGGGGUGCCUGCGUGGCU